AUGCCUGACAUGAAUUCCUACCAUUUCUUGCAACAUGUUACACAGCAAAUCAGAAUUCCAGUCAUUAUGAUGUGUGUUGAUCAAUCAAAAACACCAAGUCUAGUGAUGAAGGCGAUUGAAAAAGGUGCUUGUGGAUAUUGGAUUAAGCCUUUGAGUGAAGGUCAAAUCAAGAACAUAUGGCAACAUGUUGUAAGAAAAGUUUUGAAAGAAAACAAUCAGCAUGAUCAAGUUCUUGAAAUCUUGAAUGUUUUGAAGAAAAAAAAGAAGGGAAGGAGCAGUGAACUACAUAGAACUCUACAUGGCUUUAUUGUAUUUGAAGUUACAUGGAACAAGGUUCGUGGUAUCAACUACUUUAAUGAGCUCCAGACUGAUACAUCACUGGCUAUAGAAGCUAAACUUAUGAAAAGAUGGGAAUUUGACAAUAUUGCUCAAGCUGCAUGCUGUAUGUCUUCAUGUCGUAUUCUCUUGAGCGGUGAUCUUUCUGAGAGGAAAGCAUUAGUUGAGGCGGAAGGAAUUUCAAGUGACGUGUCUGUAUGUGAUAAAUAUCUUGCAAAGACAGCUGAACUACUUACAUCCAAAUGCAUGACAGGUUGCAACAGAACAGGAAAUAAAAACACAACCACUCAAUCGCCGUUUCAAUUUUGCAAUGUUCUUCAAAAGGGAAAGAAACGCCUGGGUCUGAAAGCCUUUGCCGAGACGUUUAAAGUAAUUGGCAACCCAUUGGUAAUUGCCAAGCUUAACAACACUUCUUCCCAAAUUGCUUGUCCAGAUGUUGUGUUUGUGGAUUUAACAAUUUACAGAAACAGAGAGCUCAAUUUCUCUCAACUUGGCUUGCACCUCUGCAAAUUCAUUACUCUAAUUAAAGUGUUCUUCCCACCAGAAGCCAAUUUUGAAUUUGAGAAGAAACAUUGCUCUUCAUCAUCCUCACCACUGAACCUUAACCCCCCGAGCCUCUGCAACCUUGCUAUCUUCAUCGCUUCAGCAUUUUUCAUCUUCAAUCUCUACUACUGA